AUGAUGGAGCGCACUUUUCGGCAGCGGCUCUUCUUGCUCCUGAGCUUAUGUGUCCUCAAGGGAGACUGCAGAUAUAUCGAGGAUAACGACGUGCUAAAGGAUGAAUUCCACUCCUUCUUCAACCCUGAGCUGCGCAGGGAUACGCCAAUGGAGUUGAUCGUCUACCGGCGACCGCUGCGUUGCGUGGACAUGGUGGCGGUGGAGGGUCGUUUCACCUUCACGGCCGAGCUCCCCCAGCUCAACUGCGCUGCCUUCUUCAUGGCCGAACCCGACGAGGUGGUCAGCGUGGAGUACGACAGCGUGGACAUCGACUGCCGGGCGGGAGAUUUCAUCACGGUGUUUGACGGCUGGGUGAUGAAGGGCGAGAAGUUUCCCAGCUCGCAGGACCAUCCGCUACCUUCGCGCGAGCGCUACGUCGACUACUGCGAUUCCGCCAAUUCUGACAGGAUAAGCGUGCGUUCCUCACAGAACGUGGCUAUGAUCUUCUUCCGCGUGCACAAUGCCGGCAGCAGCUUCACCGUCACAUUCAGGAAGCUGUCCAAUCCUUUCCCCUGCAAUGUCAUCUCGCAGUCACCAGAGGGCAGUUUCACUAUGGUGAGUCCACAGCAGCACAGGAACUGCAGCUUCUCCAUCAUCUACCCGGUUGAGGUGGACAUCUCGGAAUUCUCCUCCUUUGGUCUCCGUGGCAACUUCCCCAAGUGGUCCACUUCGGGGUGCGCGGCUGAUUCUGAGGACAUGGUGCAGCUGCUGGGAGGAAAUGGCCUUGACACGUCUAAGAUGUUUCCUCUCAAAGAGCUCUGCAGUUCCUCUGCUAGACCCGGCCACACGAAGGUAGGCUGCGACAACACGGUGGUGCGCAUGUUGUCCAGCGGCCGCUACGUCAACAAAGUGUCCUUCAGCUACCGCUUGCUGGACAGCCAUGAGCUGCAGACGCUCAGAGUCAACAACGUGGAGGAUUUCUGCUUCGCCAACUGA